AUGGGGAAAGAAAUACCAACGAGUGAUGGGGUUUUGUUGAAUACAUGGGAGGAGCUGCAGCCCCUAACACUUGCAGCGUUUAGAGAUGAGACUCUCUUGGGUCGGUUCACUAAGACUCCGGUUUAUCCCAUUGGUCCAUUAACCAGACCGUUGUCCGGUUCGAGGAGCGAGUUGUUCGACUGGCUAGACAAGCAACCGAGCGAGUCGGUGAUUUUCGUGUCGUUUGGAAGCGGGGGGUCGCUCUCGUACAAGCAAAUGACUGAGCUGGCUUGGGGGUUGGAGCUGAGCCAGCAUAGAUUUAUUUGGGUGGUGCGUCCUCCCACGAAAACAGCUGCAGAUGACACAUUUUUCACGGCCGGAACUGCGUCGGGUGACGACGACCCAUCAACCUACUUGCCGGACGGAUUCCUGACACGAACGAAGAACAAGGGGCUUUUGGUCCCCAUUUGGGCCCCUCAGGUGGAAGUCUUGAGCCACCCAUCUGUGGGUGGGUUCUUAUCGCACUGUGGUUGGAACUCGACGCUAGAGAGCGUCGCCAACGGAGUGCCGAUGAUCGUUUGGCCACUCUAUUCGGAGCAGAAGAUGAACUCCACGCUGCUGGCAGAGGAGCUCGGGGUAGCCGUGCGUCCGAAGGAGUUGCCGUCGAAGAAAGUGGUUGGAAGGGAAGAGAUAGAGAAGAUGGUGAGACAGAUCAUUGAGGACAAAGAAGGGAAGAAUGCGACAAGGGCUAGGGUGAAGGAGCUGAAGUACAGUGCAGAGAAAGCUCUGUCGAAGGGUGGUUCGUCUUAUAAUGCACUUUCUCGGCUGGCACAGCAGAUAACAGAUUUGCAUGCAACCACAGAGAGUGAGGCACUGAGGGCUACAUGA